AUGAAUGUUCUUGGACUUUCAGAGAUUGAUGGAAAGCCAACAGGAUUGACAUACCCCUCCAAUACCUCAAGAAAUGAUCCAGAAGAAAAGCGAAGAUAUAUACGGAAAAUUGCAUCUGCAAUUGUUGAUGAAAUUGUCUUGGAUAAAACUGUGACUGACCAUACAGUAAGCUCUGUACUUCUCUGUGAAGAUCAAGCAAAGGCUGAAAGGAAUAGAAAUGCAACACCUGAUGGUCGUUUCGAGUGCAGAUUUGCUGGAUGUGAAAAAACCUACAACUGCAGAGAAGUUUUAUUAAAGUCAAAUUAGCAUGACUUUGUUUUAGUAGCAAUACAAUUCAAUGUGUUGCUACAGCUAAUGAAACUUGUUGCAAAAUGUUGUUGUGAAACAAGAUGCAUAUGAAUUUUGCAACGUACAGUAUGACAUGCAGGUUUACUUUAUAGCUAUUGAGUUUCACAAACAUGUUUGCUGCAAGUAUUGCAAAAAGUAAAACUCGUUUUCCACUACGAGAAAUUGUUCAUGCAUCAGCAAAAUUAAGCAAUGUGAUUGGUUAGCGACAAAAUUCACCACAAAAAAAUUAGAACUAAUCCAUCUUUUUAUUUGAUCACUUGUCGCGCAAACAAAUUUGCGUGGUGGAAAACAGGGUAUUAUAUUGUGAGUGAUAUUGGGUAUUAUAUUGUGAGUGAUAUUGGGUAUUAUAUUGUGAGUGAUAUUGUGCACAAUUGAGGAAUAGUGGCAACUCAUUUUUGCAUCAUUGAACAGUGUAACAUACCCUAGUCAAUAAGAAAUAUUUCCAUUUAUUAAUUACCUCCCAUAAUAAUUAAUAUCGGUCAUUAUUGUGAAACAAAUAAACAUUACUUGUCUCACAAUAAUGACUGAUAUGUGUCACACAUCUGCUAAUGGAAUUGUCUUUCCUGUAGGCAUGAUGGCAAAAGCAGAAUAUCACAUGAAUUAAAGGAACAUGGAUAUGUUCAUGAAGGAGAACCAUUCUCAGCAACCAUUCCUGGAGCUUCAGAAGAUGAUGGGAAAGAUGACAAAGACGACAUGUAUAACUAUCAGUGCAACCUAAUGGAUCAUGGUAUGCUCUGCCUAAAUUUUACUGAUUCAAUUGCUGAAGGGGAUGGGGACAGAGUAGUUAGAUGUUGGAAGUUCUUACUGCUACAUUUUUGUCGAUGGCACUAAAAGCACUAAGUAUGCACUUGAAGCUUAAUAUUUGCUAUUGCAGCAACUAUGCCUUCACCAAGACAAGCAUACUGUCAAAAAUGGAACCGCACCAUCAACAAUCACAAUGCGAAAGGUAAAAAUGUUGCACUAGAUUUAGACCUGGAACAUGAUAACAAUUAUUUGAAAGAAGCCUUGAGAAAGAUGGACCCUGCUCUAACAGAACAGUUAGUGACAAGGGUAUGUAGGAGUUUGAAAAUUUCUCGUGAAGUGAUAGAGAAUCUUUUGUGCGAGUGUGAGGUUAUGAAACGAUCUGGAAUCCACUUCACUGCAAAUAACAACAAGGAUUUUGUUAAGAUUGUCAACAAUCUUGUGCACCAUGGAGCUUUAAUCAAGAGUAAAGGCAGGCGACUUUCGAACUUUAAGUACCGUACAGCAUCCCAUCUUCAACUGACAAAAAUGGAUGAACUAUGCAAGUGGAUCGAUAAGCAUAAAUAUGAAAUAAUUAUUGCUAGAAAAGCCCGUUAG